AUGGACGCGCUCGACCUGCCCACCCACCAACUCAUCCUCGACAGCCUCGCGCUCAACCUCGCCGAAGACAUCGCCAACGUCCCCUCGGCCCGCUCCCACGUGCGCUCCCUCUUUGCCAACUCGGCCACCACCAGCAAGGUCACCACCAACGCCAACCCUUUCCUCUCCGCCGCAGCUGCCAGAACCCAGAUCAGCCUUGCGCUAUUCGCGUCUUCCAUCUCGUCGGCUUCGCGCUCCACCCAACACACCACCGACAUCAAGAACGAUGAGCACCUCGUCCCCGUCCUCGACGACAUCGAACGCCUCAUUCGCCAGCUCACCGUGCUCGACUUUGAUCACGACAUGAGCUGGGCCACCCAUCCGCUCCCGGACCAGCUCGCCUACGCUCUCGUGUCCAGCUUCCUCACCAUCUCCACCAACGCGCCCCACCACCGUGCUCGCUGCCUCGACGCCAUCUUCGACCUCGCCAACAAGCUCGCAGAUGCGCUCGGCGCCACCGCAGGCGACGCCCACACCGUCGUCGUCAAGCUCGCACCGCUCUUCAACGGUCUCUACCGCGCCAUCGCAACCACCUCCUUCGGUUGGAGCCUCCACGAGUUUGCCCGUCUCGCACACGUGCUCACCCCGCUCAUCACCUCCACCCAGUCUGUGCGCAGGCUCAACGACGCCCUUCUGCUCCUCGACGACCAGGUAGACAUCCGCCAGCAAGCAGCUCGUGCCACUCGCCGCGCGCCCAAACUCGCCACCGUCCGUCCCACCGACGACCAGUCCGAGGCCAGCGUAGACACCUUCUUCUCCGGUGACGAGGACGAAGACGCCGAUGUCGUCGGUCCCGAAGGCGGAUUCACCUUCGACUCCACCUCCCCCGCCGCACAGGACGCACAGGACUACCGUCUCUCCUUGCUCGCCCGCUACCGCUCCGCCGGCGUGCCGCUCUCGGGCCACUACCUCUUGCUCGCUGCCAUCGACGUGCUCGAGAACGCACUCACCCAGGCUCUCGCCAUGGGCGCCCGUCCGCCCAUCAAGGACUUCUCCGACUUCCAGAAGCUCGGCCUCGACCUCGACCGCAUCGAUCCCAGCCGUCAGUCCCAGGCGGACCGCUUCGAUCUCGACUCGGACAAGUGGAACGACGACAUCGAACACAAGCACUCGCGCGCCGUCCUCGCCAACAGCGCAACCAAGAAAGCUUGGGACUCGCUCCUCCGCUUCGCCAUCCAGCCCGAACUCGCCAAGUCCUCCACCACAGGCCAUGGUGCCAACAAUCUCAACGGCAACACCGAGGCCAACGGCUCGGCCCAGCCUGCCGGUGCCGCCGCCAGCAUCCUCUCGGCCGUGCCCAUCAUCGGCUCCUCCACCAACAAGUCGGCUGCCUUUGGCGACAACAUCCCCGCCCACGCUUCCAAGGCGACCACGCUCGAGGACCUCGACGAGACUCUGUAUGCCGUUCUGCGCGCCAGCAACCGCAGCUUCCACGAUGUCCAGCGCUUCCUCCUCAGCGAGGGCGUCAGGAGCAUCGAGAUCGUGCCCGAGCUUCACGUGCCCGACAUCCUCGCAGAGUCGCUCAAGCUCUCGGCGCUCUGCUCGGUCGCACGCAGCGUCGCGAACGGCGCCAACAUCGACGCCAACGUCUUUGUCCGCAUCCGCUCGCUCCUCAGCGAGAGCGCGCCGCUCUUUGACCCGCGCCUCCAGGGCGCCGCGCUGCAGAGCGUCGGCGUGCUCGUGCGCAACAGCUCCAACCUCGCGCUCCCCAUGACGCGUGUGCUGCGCCACUUUGUCACCUCGCCCCUCCCCAUCUUCCUCCCCACCGCCACGGGCGCCAGCGCUCCCGUGCUGCUCGCCGCAGCCCGAUGCCUCGCCUCGUGCGUCACCAUCGCCCCCGGCGACGACCUCGUGGUCUCGACCAUGUACAACUUACUCAACUACCUCGGCAGAGACACCCCGGGCGGUCUUGGUGUGGGUGGUGUGGCGGGUAGCGGCGUGUCGGUCCGCAGUGGCGCCUCGCGCGCCGUCACGGCCCGCGACCAUGUCAACGGUCUGCCGCUCUCGGGCUCGCAGGCCAACAUCGCCGCUCGCUCCGAGGAUCAGCGCAAGCUCAUCAACCUCAGCACCAUCACCGUCAUCUCGCGCCUCGCCCUCGAGGUAGGCAAGCCAGACGUCACCGCGCUCACCAUCUCGAUGCUACUCCAGCGUCUCCGCAACGCAGACGUCUCGGCAGAGGCGGCCAUCCUCGACAACGUCGUGCCCCUCGCCCUCGCAGGCCCCAGGUCGGCGUACGUCGAUGUCGUCCGCGCGCUCUCCGCCACCUCGAGGAACGCCCUCCAGGGUGGCGCCAGCCGUCGCGCCGCCGUCGCCGUCGAGUCCGCCCAGCUCAAGCUCGCACGCGGCCUCGGCCGUCUGGAUGAGCGCGACGAGCGUGACUCGUCGGCGGCCGAGGACAACGAGGCGUCGGGCGGACGCAAGGAGAUCUUCCUCAUCGAGCUGCUCCAGCUCUUCGCCGAAAAGGGCAUGCAGCUGCAGACCGUCGCCACCUCGGGCAAGAGCAGCGCAGAGGAGCUCGCCGAGCUCAACACCGACCUCGCCACCCUCCUCCCCGCCAUCGCUGCCGUGCUCGAGCACAAGGACAUCCACCCAGAGGUGCAGCCCACCACCGAGAUGGUCUCGCUCUUCCGCAACAUGUGGUUCCUCUCGGUGCUGUUUGGCUUUGCCUCGCCCAGCAACAUCCGCACCAGCGUCGCCGCCGACGGCACCGCGCUUGCGCCCCCCGCCUCGGCCGCCCAGGCGCAGGCCGAGAUCGUGGGUCGCUCGCUCAGCUCCAUCUCGCUCAAGACGCCCACGCUGGUGCCCGAGACGGCGCACAACUAUCUCGAGAGCGACCUCGAGUACAACUCGGUGCUCAAGCGCGAGUUUUCGAAUCAGACGCUCGACUCGCAGCGCAAGGCGCUGGGCGCCGUGAUCCCCACGCACGCCUCCGAGAUCCGUGCGUUCAGCUAUGCGCAGGUGACGUUCCUGUCGACGAUCUACGAUCUCGAGUGCCUGCGCAGCCGCAGCGGACGGCCGUCGAUGGUGCUCUCCUACUUUACCAACGAGGGCCUCAACAACAGCGCGCUCGUCGGCGCCAUGCAGGCCAUCGCCGACAAGGUGAUCGACUUUUUCAUCCGCGAUCUGGCCACCCAGGUCAAUGCGCACUCGCUCGACCCGCGUGUGUCGAGCGAGGUCAAAAACCUCAUGCUCGGAUGCUGCCACCGCGUCGCCAAGGUGCGUCAGGUGGCACAGAGCAUCCUCAACAAGCUCGUGUAUGCGCUCCCCUCGCUGCUGUGCGACCAGGACGUGGUGACGACCAUGCUCGAGGUGCUGACGCUCCUCCGCGACGGAUGCGAGGCAGAGUACAAGGACGAGUACGCGCCCACGUACCACUACGUCUCGGAGCGUGCCGGCGUCGAGUUUGACCUCUCCGACUCGUAUGCGCAGAGGAACGAGAUCCUCACGCAGUUCCUCGCAAAGUCGCGCGAGUAUCUUUCGCUCGUCAUGGCGCUCGCGCCGCUCGAGCUGCAGGGCAUCCUCGAGCGCUACCUGGGCACGUUUGACGACUCGAUCCUGCCAGACCGCAGCGAGCUUGGCAAGAGCGUGGCACUCGAGUAUGCACGCAGCAUGCCCGUGUCUGCGCGCAAGGAGCGUCUGCUGCCCCAGCUGGGCGGCUGGCGUUCGGAUGCCAGCAGCUCGUUCAUCGGCGAGCUGUCGGCCAAGAACACGUACCUCGGCGAGAUGACGGGCAUCCACCUCGCGCUCACCAAGGGCCUCGUGGAGCUGUCCAAGGACCCGACCAACACCAUGUCGCCCGCCAGCGUCGCCGCGUGCCGCACCCAGCUUGCGGCGCUCUCCAACGACGUGAGCGUCAAGCGUAAGGCGCUGCCGUUCGCAGAGCUGCGCCGUCUGCUGUACCGCACGGCGGCGCUCGUGGUGGCGCUGCCCGAGCCGGACUAUGAGCUGCUCCACUUUAUCGUGUCGAUCCCGUUCCUCGUGUUCACGCCAGAGGCGAUCUCGACGGCGUGCCAGGUGUGGACGUGGGUCAUUGGCGCACGCCCCGAGGUGGAGACCAAGAUCAUGGUCGAGCUCACCAUCGGCUGGGCCAUGAGCGCGCGUGCGCGCAAGGGCGUGUUCUCGUCGAGCCUCUCGACCAAGCAUCCUUUCCUGCGCAAGACCGAGAUGGGCGCGUUCAACCGCGAAGAGAUCACCGCCGAGCAGGAGCAGGCGGCCAAGCUGUUCACGCCGCACCUCACGCUGGUGCAUCUCAUCUCGAGCCGCUUCCAGGCGUUCCGGUACCGCGAUCCCACCAUGGUGUUGGCGCUCGUAAGGCUCAUCCAGCACACGGGCGCGGCAGCCGAGCGCAUGAGCACCCACCCGCUCGCCAGAGAAGUGCGAUUCACGCUGCUCAACUUUGGGCUGCGCGUGAUCCAGACGAGCCGCCUAGAGGGGCUGGUGGAGCACCAGCUGCGCGACGCGCUGUACAAGCUCGGACUCGGCUGGUUCGCCAGCUCGCCGCAGUGGUCGUUCGGCGGCAACCGGCUCCAGCUGAGCGCCGACAUGCAGGUGAUGCAGGAGACGCUCGAGCUGCUGCAGCGCGAUGCGGUGCGUGCGGACCAGCACGUGACGAGCUUCCCGCCCACGCUGUCGGCGGUGCGACUGCCCGGCGGCCUCACGGUGGCCGAGGCGGGUCGAUCGUUCGACGACAAGAAGAGGUUGCUGCAGCUGCUGGUGGAGAACGAGGUGGGGCGUCUGUCGGUGUGGGCCAACCCGCUCAACGCGCCCGCGCGCGGCACCGACUUUGUGGGAACGCUGACCAAGUCGAUGACCGAGGCGACGUGGGGCAGCAUGGUCGAGACGGCGUGGCGCAUCAGCCCCGUCACGGCGGUGCAGCUCGGUUCGCGAUUCCAGUCCAAGGCGCUCAAGGCGGCGCUCGGCAGGAUGGUGCGCAGCCAGCCGUACAAGACGGUGGAUGUGCCCGGUGCGCUCAAGUACCUGGUGGAGGAUCAUCUGAAGCUGGCCAAGAAGGAAGGUGCGGACCUCAAGUGGCUCGGCUACUGGGCGGCCGUGUCGCCCGUCGAGGCCAUCGACCUCUUCCAGCCGGACUACGACAACCACCCGUCGCUGCUGCAGUACGCCAUGCGUGCGCUCGAACAGCAUCCGGUGGAGCUGACGUUCUUCUACGUGCCGCAGGUGGUGCAGGCGCUGCGCACCGACGCGUACGGGUACGUGGAGCAGUUCAUCUUUGAGACGAGCAAGAUCUCGCAGCUCUUCUGCCACCAGAUCAUCUGGAACAUGAAGGCCAACAGCUACAAGGACGACAAUGCCGAGGAGGAGGAUCCGAUGAAGCCGACGCUCGACCGCAUGGUGGACAACAUUGUGCAGGCGCUGUCGGGCGAGGCGCAGAAAUUCUACGAGCGCGAGUUCGGGUUCUUCAACGAGGUGACGAGCAUCUCGGGCAAGCUCAAGCCGUACAUCAAGAAGAGCAAGCCGGAGAAGAAGGCCAAGAUCGACGAGGAGAUGGCCAAGAUCCAGGUGGACGCCGGUGUGUAUCUGCCGUCGAAUGCGGAUGGUGUGGUGGUGGAUCUGGAUCGCAAGUCCGGUCGACCGCUGCAGUCGCAUGCAAAGGCUCCGUUCAUGGCGACGUUCAAGGUGCAUCGCGAGAUCGUCAAGCCGGGCGACGAGGGUGAUGAAAACACCCCGCCCAAGAAGACUGGGGUGGAUGUGUGGCAGGCGGCCAUCUUCAAGGUGGGCGACGACUGCAGGCAGGACGUGCUGGCGCUGCAGGUGAUCGCCAUGUUCAAAAACGUCUACACCACCGUCGGCAUCGACCUGUACCUCAACCCGUACCGCGUCACCGCCACCGGUCCCGGUUGUGGUGUGAUCGAUGUUGUGCCCAACGCCACCUCGCGCGACGAGAUGGGACGCGCAAAGAUCAACCACCUCCUCACGUUCUUCAUCGGCAAGUAUGGCAGUCCGGACAGUGUGGCGUUCCAGCGCGCGCGCAUCAACUUUAUCCAGUCCAUGGCGGCGUACUCUGUAGUGUGCCACAUCCUCCAGAUUCGCGAUCGACACAACGGCAACAUGAUGAUCGACGGCGACGGCCACCUGGUUCACAUCGACUUUGGAUUCCUCUUCGACAUUGGGCCCGGUGGAAUGCGGUUCGAGCCGUACUCGUUCAAGCUUAGCCACGAGAUGAUCGACGUGAUGGGUGGCGCGGGAUCGCAAGGCUAUGGCAUGUUUGAGGAGCUGGUGAUCAAGGCGUUCCUCGCCGCGCGGCCAUUCUGCGAGGAAAUCGUGGAUACCUGCAAGCUCAUGCUCGGCACCGAACUGCCCAGUUUCAAGGGCAUGCCGACGAUCCAUAGGCUCAGGGACAGGUUCAAGCCCGAACUCAACGAGAGGGAGGCGGCCGACCAUGCCCGUGCGCUGGUUAAGGAUGCGUUUGGAAACAAGAGGGGCGUGCUCUACGACAAGCUCCAGGAAGUCACCAACGACAUUCCCUUCCAAAAGUGA